AUGUUGGUUGAAGGCGUGCCGCUGAGGGUGAAACUUGGCCCAAGCGCUCUGGACGCGGCGGUCCUGUUGCACGUACGGGAGGAGAUCCGUGGCGCCGAGUCCGUGCUCAAAAGCACCAGGAGUCUUCUGGAGAAGACAAAGGCUGCCGCGCUACAAAAGAGCGCGACCGCAAGUCACGAGUGUGAGCAGGAGGCCCUUCGGUACGUCGCCAGGAAGCGGGCCGACUUGAAAGCGUUUUUUACCGCGGAGGACGUCUUUCAGGCGUUCCAAAGAGAUUACCUGGACGUCGUGGAGGAGGAACGCGUCGCGCGCCGCCACAUUGAAGACAUGUACGCCGACGCAAAGAAGCGUGCCGCCGAGGCUCGAACUUGGGAAUAUGUAAUGAGCACCAAGUGUGUAUUCGAGCGCUUUACUUUAGAGAAGGUGGCGCGGGAGCAAAAGCUAAGGGUGUUGCAGGAAUGCUCAGACUUCUUGUCUGCCCUGCGGAUCGAGGAGGAGGAGGAGCGUCAGCGCGCCAUACAGCAGGCAAGGUACAGACGGCAAGAGGCUUUGCAUCAGGCAGCUGCACGGCAGCCGCAGUAUCCGCAGUAUCUGCAGUAUCCGCCGAGGCAACCCGGCGCGAUGCCCACGCCUUUAGGCUGGACGCAGAUGACACCGCCGCAAGAAAGCCCACAGCAUCCACAGCAUUUUGUGUCGAUUGGGGGGGAAGCCGUUCGCUGUUAUUUACCGUGUGAAUUCCGCGAGUACAGCGAACAGCUGCCGCAGCAACAGCAACGAAUUUCAUCGACUGGUUUUUACGCUGCCGCGCCAGGCGGGGGAAAUUGCCCCCAUUCUGCCUAUUCUCCCUACAAUGCGCGGACUGAGCCGCCAACCCCCUUCGGGUGGCAGUUCCAAGCAAAUCCAACGCAGCGGCAGCAGCAGCAGCAGCAGCAGCAGCAGCAGCAGCCGGGAUUUUCACGAGGUGCGCCAGAAGGCCCAAGUGUCUAUCCCUGGACCUAG